AUGGCUAUUUUUGUCGGUGAAGACCAUUUUAUCGUUUCCAAGUCUGAAGGUUUCAUAGACAAAGAGCUCUAUGCACUCACCAACAUCGAAGAAGAAGAAGAAGAAGAAGAAGAAAUGGAAGUCGAUGGCAGCGAUAAAGAUAAUGAAAUUAGCAUGGAAGAAGACGAGGAUAGAAUCAAAGCUGAUGAGAAGACUGAUAAUGAGGAUGAUGAUGAUGACGACGACGACGACGAAGACGAGAAAGGUGAUGGAGAUUACAGCGGUUAUGAAGGAACAGACUACGAAGAGGAGGAGGACGAAGAAGAAAACGCUGAAACCUGUGAUGAUCAUCACAUUGAAGCAAAACAGGAGGAUGAUUUCCUACUACGAGUUCUACGACGAGGGUGGCGAGAGUAA